AUGACACAUUCAAGCAGGAAACGUCUGAGGAGCAUGGAGGAUGAAAGCAGCGAGUUCACGCCAUUAAGCAAAAGGAUAAAUAACCUUCAUUUGAAUGGAUUUCCAGGUAUUCCAGAAAAUUACACUUCUUCGUCAAACGACUCGGAGCCGUCGACGAGUUCUUCGCCCGGAAACAAGCAUCCAGUUCAAAAUAAUUUUGCGAGUGACUACAGACCCGAUCUUAAUGCCAAUGAUAAUCCGCAUUAUUAUGAAAGUAACAAAUUGCUGUAUACUCUUAGCAUGGAGAGGAUGCACAGGAGAUCUAAUUUUUAA